GUCUGUCGGUAUAUUAUAUCGAUACAACAAAAAACAAUAAACAAAUUUAUUUGUUGCAGUUAAAGUUAAAAUUAAUUAAGGACAAAAGAGGAUUUAUAACUGAUCAGAGACAUGGCAUUUCUUUGCCCAGUGCGCAUGCGGCGCGAUAAGAAGAAAGCCACAAGUGCGAGCAUCGAGAGGGAUCUGCCUGCAGUGGGGGGCAUCGGCAUGGGACGCAUAACUGGCUCCUCCAGCAUUGAGACUCUGGUGCGGGUGGGCAUUGAAAAGGAACACGGUCUCAGCCCAGACUCCAAAAUGGUUGUGCUGCACGAUUUUACGCCCUGCGUGGACGAUGAACUAGAGGUGAAGCGCGGCCAGCUGGUGAAUAUAUUGUACAGGGAAAACGAUUGGGUCUAUGUGAUCGGACAGGAUUCGCGGCAGGAGGGCUUCAUACCGUUUUCCUAUUGCGCCCCUUGCAACACCCAACUGGCCGAAUUGGCCGUGAAGAAGAAACUGCCUCGAGAACACUGCCCAGAGCAGCCGAUCGAAGAGAAUAUGCCGCUCCUGGGCACAGAAAAUAAACUGGACGUGCUCUGCGAUGAGCCGCCUCCUGCAGCCAACCCAAUUGCUGCAUCGAACAACAUUGAGAACAGCUUGCAUGUGGAGCCAGAGUGCACACCGUUCAUCAAGGAGCCAUCCGGACGCUGCAUUGUCCUGUACACAUUCAUAGCACGCGAUGAGAACGAUUUGUCGGUGGAGCGGGGGGAGUUUGUGACCGUCUUGAACCGAGAGGAUCCCGAUUGGUUUUGGAUCAUGCGCAGCGAUGGCCAGGAGGGAUUCGUGCCAGCUGGCUUCAUCUAUCCCGCCGACAGUGUGCGUGUCCUGCAGCAGCAAAAAGCUCCGCUCAACGAGAACAACAUACAGCAUCAUGCCACACUCAACGCCAUGGAAUCCAUUCUGCAGCAGGGCCAGCAACAGCCGCAGCAGCAGCAACCACAACAACAGCAGCAGCAGCUGGGCUUGGGCACAGAUGAUCUGCGCUAUCAUGGCACAGAGCUGGUGAUGCUUUACGAUUAUAAAGCGCAGGCACCGGAUGAUCUUUAUCUGUCUGUGCGACGUGGCGAUUGGAUAUAUGCCGAUCUGAACAAUCAGACGGUGGACGGUUGGCUCUGGGCCUAUGCGCCCAAGACGAGAAAAUACGGAUUCAUACCGAAGGCCUACGCACGCCCGCCUGCCAUGACCAGUCUUUGAGUACGCUGGAACCAGUUGAGUAAAUUGUGCCUUAGUUAUAUAUUCUUUUGAUGUGAGCGUAAAUAUACAAUAAGAUAUACCAUCAGUAA